AGCAGUCCCAGAAACAUAUCAACACUUGGGUCUCAAAAAAGACUGAAGGUAAAAUUCGGGACUUGUUGCCAGGUAACUCAAUUGAUGAACAGACCAGGCUGGUUCUUGUCAACGCAGUCUACUUCAAAGGAAGAUGGAAUGAAGAGUUCAACAAAACAUGCACAAUGGAAAUGCCUUUUAAAAUAAGCCAGGUGGGGGAAGCUUCCAAAAGUCCAGGUAGUUUGAUGAAAGAAUGGAAUGGAAAAAUAUCCUGCAUCAUGGAUGCUCUUUCUGAAGCAAAUGGCUCCUUUGCCCUUCACCUUCUGAGGGUACUAUGUCAAGACAAUCCUUCUCACAACGUGUUUUAUUCUCCUGUAAGUGUCUCCUCUGCCCUGGCCAUGGUCUUCCUGGGCGCAAAAGGAAACACCGCUGCUGAGAUGGCCCAGGUCCUGGAGCUGCCCUAUGCGGGCAAGGAGCUGAGCAUGCUCAUUGUGCUCCCUGACGAUGGUGUGGACCUGAGCUCGGUGGAAAAAAAUCUCACUUUUGAGAAAUUCAUAGCGUGGACCAAGCCAGACUGUAUGAAGCAUACUGAAGUUGAAGUUCUCCUUCCAAGAUUUAAACUGGAAGAGGAUUAUGACAUGGGAUCUGUGCUCCAAUGUUUGGGAAUAAUUGAUGCCUUUCAAGAGGGCAAGGCUGACUUUUCAGCAAUGUCCGCCAAGAGAGACCUGUGUCUGUCCAAGUUUGUGCACAAGGCUUUUGUGGAGGUCAACGAGGAAGGCACGGAGGCCGCGGCCGCCUCGGCCACUGUGGUGGUGGAAUGUUGCUUUGUUGAUGGGCCGAGGUUCUGUGCGGACCACCCCUUUCUUUUCUUCAUUAGGCACAACAAAGCUGACUGCAUUCUAUUCUGUGGCAGAUUUUGCUCUCCAUAACGGGGUGCACUUACUGUGUCUUUGAGCCGUUCCCUCUUUCUGUGUCCCCAGAUCUCACUCUACAGCUUGAUCAAAGCCAAGUGCAAAGGUGAGGGCAGGUUCCGCAUCUGGCUGAAUGAUUUGCCAUGCUUCUCCGCACACAGCUGUCCCCAUACUGACCUCUCAUUUAUGCCACUUAAAUCAAGAUCGUGGGACAAAUACCCCAACGAUUCCCUGUUGUAUCUAAGAUACUGUCCAAACCCCAUAGGAGGGCAUGCGAAGUUUUCCUAUAUGGCCCUAGAUAUUAGACAAUUAAAGGUUAGACAAUUAAAUUUGCAACCUUUCCACUGUGUGUUUACAUGUGCACUUCCUAUUCCUUAGGCAUUUCAUUCCAGUUACUCUGUGCCCUGCCUUGUACCUCAAAUCUUGUCACAUACUUGCCUUAGCCUGACUGUUUUGAUUAUAAUAAAAGCUACUAGCUAUUAGACUAUAUUAUUAUUUUUCUGGCGCUUGGAGCUGUAGGGAAUUUCUUUAUUGCAUGUUUUUAUUUUAUCUUUUUUUGCAACAUUCACUCAUCACCAAGUAUGUGCCAAACACUGCAUCAGGCCCUGGGGAUACAAAGGUGUGGAGUCCUUUGACAUCUGGCCUUUAAUACCUGUGCUCGAAUGAUGUCAGUUUUACAUCACCCAGGUUGUCUUUCAACUUAUCACUCUUGAGCAAGCUCUUAACCAACUGAGCCAUUUGGCCGGCCUGUAACUACUUUUUAAAAGAAUUAUAAUUUGCCUUCUUGCAGAGACAAUAGGCAGCCUGAACUCUCUGAACUCCAUAUUGUU